AUGGUUGAUGAAACUUUUUCUAAUAUCAAAUUAGUCUUUUUUCCACCAAACACUACUUCCAAAUGUCAACCGUUAGAUCGAUGUGUUAUAAAAUCAUUCAAAUGUUAUUACCGACAAAAAUUAGCCAGACAUAUCAUUUCUCAAUGUACUACCGCUCUAACUAUCGAUCAAGUUUCUAUUAGUGUUUUAGAGGCAAUUAAAUGGAUCGAUUUAGCAUGGAAAGCAGUAACGAAUGUCACAAUUCAAGGUGGAUUUCGAGCUGCUGGUUUUAUUGAUUCGUCACUAACGUCUUUAUCAACAAUCGAUAUUGAUAUUGAUAUUGCUGAUCAAACAAAUGUGCAACUAGUCAAUCAUGGUGAUUCACUUGAACAGCUUGAAGCUUUGCUAGCUCAUGUUCGAAUUGGUGGUCAACAGCUAACAGCUGCUGAAUUUGUUGAUAUUGAUUCAUCGAUUCCUGCUUUCAAUGAAUGGGAUGACGACGUACAUUUGAAGGAGCUGAUUGAAAUUUCUCAAGGAGAUGAGAACGAACAAGAAGAAGACGAAACAAGUGUUACUAAAAAGUCACCCAAUAUAGCGGAAAUCUUAGGAAUGGUGAAAACAAUUCAUCUUUAUGCAAUACACGAACAGCCUCAGUUGCACAAUGCUUUAUACGAACUGGAAUCACAAUUAAUUGAUGUAUACCUCGAUUCAAAAGCAAUUAAACAAAGUUCUAUUAAAGAUUAUUUCUCUUCUUGUUGA